AUGAAGGAUCUAGAACAUUUAGAAAAAGAACAUGAUAUUGGCAGAAGUGACUGCUUCAGGAAAAUUUCCCGCAUGACUAAGCAAUCACAAAACACAAAUGAUGCCUUACUCGUUGAUGGUAAAUGCAUAGACGACGAACAGGAAUUACUUAGUAUAUGGCGAGAGCACUAUGAAGACCUGUAUACUCCAAAACAUGAUCCUGAUUUCGAUAAAAACUUCCAAACGCAUGUCGAAGAAAGUCUUCACAAUAUCGAAGAAGAAAGUUAUGGAAAUGAAGAUUCAUUAGAUAUUCCAUUCAAGGCAGAAGAGACCCAGAGU